AUGUAUCUACUUUCUUUUCUUCUGGCUUUACCUUUGCUCUCACUUGCCCAGUCAUCGCAGAGUGUUCAGCUCUCAACUUCCACCACAGUGGAAGAGACUCUCGGCUCGAAUCGCCAAACUAGCACAGUAACACAGAUCACAGUUUUCACUAUCACUCCCGCUCCCACAGCGUCCGGCACAGUUUCUGCCUCUGGCAACUCUUCUUCAGCAAUAACUAGCGGCACCAACAACGGGACCACCACAUCAAUCGCCUCUAGCAAUUUACCCACUGCAGCGUCUACCAUUGCUGGAGCAGAUGGCGGUCCCAACGGUGCCCCAAGUCCAGGAGCAUCAGCGUCAGGUGGAAUAUACGGCCCUCCAGAUGGCUAUAUUGCAGGCGCACAAGCUUUGCGCAGUACAAACAUUCUCGGAGCUGUCGUCUUUCUCGCCGGAGGAGCAUUGGUUUUGCUUUAG